AUGAUGGAGGAGUGCGUGGAGGAGACGUCGGAGCCGUCGUCGUUGGGCUGGCGGCGCCGGCCGAUGGCGGUGGGCGCGGAGGGCAGCGAGCCGGGCCCCGAGGCGGGCGAGGCGGCGCCGCGCGCCAGCCCGCGCAGCCCCGGCGACGCGGCGCGCCGCGGCGGCGUGGCCCGCCCCAGCCCCGAGUCUGGGGACGCGGCCACGUUAGCGCCUGCUCCUCACGCUCCUCACGCCCUCGCCCGAGGUGCGCCUCCAAACACUACCCUCACCCUACCGUAUGCGUACCCGUUUGUACACCCCCCCCCCCCCCCCCCCUACACCCCACCCCGAACACCUGACGCCGAUGAAUACCCGUUUAUAUACCCCAACCCUACCCCGGUCCCC